GGACCAAUUGAUAACCUCAUAAGACUUACUUCCAUUCAAGAUCAAAUGGGUACCUCUUCAAGACAUCAUCACUUUCAAGUGAUCAUUCCUUUCUUUAUCUUGUUCAAUCUCCAUUGCUGCUGGAACUCUGUCACAUUUGCCGCUGAUACUACAACCAAUGUGUACAUUGUGUAUAUGGGUGAGAAGCAGCAUAACAACCCAGCAACCAUAGUGAUGUCUCACCAUGAAAUGCUAGCAAACUUGCUCGGAAGCAAAGAAGCUGCCAAGAAUUCUAUUCUCUACAGCUAUAAGAAUGGCUUCUCUGGGUUUGCAGCUUCUCUAACUGAUUCCCAGGCAAAAGCCAUUGCAGACUUUCCGGGUGUUGUCCGAGUGUUCCCUAAUCGCAUUCAUAAAGUCCAUACUACCAGAAGCUGGGAUUUUCUAGGGCUCAAGCCACCAUCAAAGUCUAAACAUAACCUUUUGUCUGAAGCGAAUAUGGGCGAUGGUACCAUUAUUGGCAUUAUAGACACAGGAAUUUGGCCAGAGUCACAAAGCUUCAAAGACGAUGGAAUGGGUCCAAUUCCAUCGCAUUGGAAAGGAAUUUGCCAAACUGGACAAAAUUUCAUUCCCGCGAAUUGCAAUAAGAAAAUCAUUGGUGCUCGCUGGUUCAGAAAAGGCUAUGAGAAAAUGCACGGGCCCAUCAACACCACUGGGCAUUUAGAGUAUUUGUCCCCAAGGGACAAAGAAGGGCAUGGAACUCACUGUGCUUCCAUAGCUGCAGGUCGUUUUGUACCAAAUGCAAGUUAUAUAGGGCUAGGUACCGGUUUAGCUAGAGGAGGAGCCCCUCUUGCUCGCCUAGCUAUUUAUAAGGUUGCUUGGUUUGGAGAAUCAACAGAUGCAGAUGAACUAAAAGCAUUUGACAUGGCCAUACAUGAUGGAGUAGACAUUUUAUCUGUUUCUUUAGCGCGUAACGUAAACCAUGCAGGAUUGCCUCUAGAGGCGUAUUUUGUUGAUGGAAUUGCAAUGGGUUCAUUCCAUGCAGUGGCAAAAGGGAUUACUGUGGUUUGUGCAGGAGGAAACGAUGGACCUUACUCUGAUACGGUUGGAAACACGGCUCCUUGGAUGAUCACUGUUGCAGCCAGCACUAUUGACAGAGAUUUCCAAACAGAUGUUACACUUGGAAAUGACCAAACUUCCUUGGGCAACACCCUAUCAGUUGGAGGUUUUGAUGGGACCGGAGGACACCACAUAAAAAGUAUAGCUGGAAUAGUUGCUGGCCAAGAUGAUGAUGCACUAGCUUGCAAGAAAGGAAGUCUCAAUCCGACAUUAGUGAAGGGGAAGGUUGUCCAUUGUUUUCUACAACCAACCGCAAGCGCACAAGAAGUUUCUGAUGCACCUAACACUGUUAUGAAAGCAGGAGGAAUCGGUGUUUUAUACACCCAAGCUCACAAUGAUGUCCUCAAUCGAUGCAACAUUACUUGUAUUAAAGUAAAUUUUGAAAUAGGGACAAAAAUAAACUCCUACAUCCGAGGAACAAGUUCAGCAACUGUGCAGCACAGCCAGCCAAGGACUGUAGUUGGGAAAAAGGUAGCUCCACUAGUGGCCUCAUUCUCAUCCAGAGGACCAAAUACUUUGUUACCUGAUGUGUUGAAGCCUGAUAUAGCAGCACCAGGAGUGAACAUUUUGGCAGCAUUUCCUCCACCAAUUUCAGGUCACCCUUACGAAUACCAAUCAGGAACUUCAAUGGCUUGCCCCCAUGUAGCUGGGGUGGCUGCCCUCAUCAAGACUUUGCACAAAAACUGGUCGCCUGCAGCCAUAAAAUCAGCAAUUAUGACUACUGCAUCACAAAAUGGCACAGAUGGACAAGUAAUAUGGGCACAAGGAGGCAAUCUCAAGCCCGCGACUCCUUUCGACAUGGGUGGAGGGAAUAUCAAUCCCAAGAAAGCAGCACAUCCAGGGCUCAUUUAUGAUAUUAGUACAGAGAACUACAUUGAUUUUUUCUGUUCCAAACGCUACACUAAUGAACAGAUGACCAAUAUGACUAAAAGAAAUAAUUCCUGUUCAAGAAAAAGGAGUGCUUCUAGCUGGGACCUCAAUCUCCCCUCUAUCUCAAUCCCAUACCUUGAAAAUAUUGUAACAGUCACCAGGACUGUGACAAAUGUGGGGUCAGUUAAUUCAGUCUACAAAGCUUUGGUGCAAUCUCCACCUGGUAUUAAAGUGAGAGUUAAACCUCAUACACUAUCCUUCAAUCAAUCAACCAAAGUGCUUUCCUUCAAAGUGACCUUUAAUUCUACUCAAAAGGUGCAGCUUAUGGAUUACGUAUUUGGAAGCUUGACUUGGACUGACAAAAAACAUGUGGUCAGGAUUCCGCUAGCUGUUCGCGUUGCUCAUCAGUAUGCAAGCUCUCGGAAAUAAUAGAUUUUUUUUUUUUUCUUAUUUCUCAUAGCUGCUAGGGUCUGCCUUAAUGUACUGUCGUGUUCUUGUAGUGAGAAUUGAUCUUUAGCCAAAGUUAUUCAGUAUGAAAAAUCCAACUCAAUGAAUUAUGAUGGUCUAAAUUCUCAAUAUAUAACUUUUUCUUUCCGUA